GUGCAUUUUUUGGGCGAAUUUCAGUGUUUUUCAUGUGUUUUGGUUUUGCGGAUGAUCGAUUAGAUUGUUGAGAUUAGAUUUUUGGGGCUUUACAGCGGAGGCGGUUGAUCGUUGGAAAGGCCAACGGUUAGUUUUUCUCGCAAAUCCACACGCAGAUGUAUACUACCAUAAUAGCACAGAGCAUCGAACUAAAAAUAAUCGGCAUUUCCGUUGGAAAACUCUCCGUUGGAAGCUCUAAUAACAUACAAUUUUUAACCGGCUAUUGCAUCUAGUCACGCACAAAAGCUACAGAUAAAUAACGUUAUUCCACAUUACGAUUCCACGGAACUGAAACUUUCUUGUACGAAAUCAUACAGAUGUACUUAUUCGUCGUUUCAACUCGACUGCGGAUCUCAGAAGGAUACGAUCGGCCGAUAAUUCUUUCUAAAUUGCCAUUACUCGCCGAGAGGAGCCGCACAAUAAGCCCAAGGAAUCCGCACAAGUACGUAAUGAGCAGAGGCGGAGGUAUACACAUGCGGGGAGAAGGUGCCGUAACGUGAUUUCUGGCUAACGGGGCGACUCGUUCGUGGAAACGCGGAGUCGGACAACUUUCUAGUUGUUGCAGUGAACAAUUUUGAGCGUUUUAUAUCUGUGCUGGAAGUGUAUUGGCAGUAGUUUGUGAAAGAGAUUUUAGCUUUCUAGGCACUAUAUCUCUGCUGUAUACUUGCAAAUUUAUUUCACAUCUUUGGAUGGAUUCCGCAUUGACUUUCCAAAGAAAUUAUUGAAUCGCUUAAAUAAUUGUUUAAUUCGUUGCAAACGAAAAGAUAAUGCAGUUUAUAGGUACGCGAGUAAUGAAUUUUUUUCGCAUUCCAGCAUCGCAAUUCCAGAAAAGGAUUACACGCAUCGUGAUGAAAGUAAGGAAAGAGGUUGUUGCAUCUCAUCCAUCCCGAAGCGCAUCGGCCACGACCUCGCACAACAGCCUCCGCACCGCGGAAGAGCGCAAGGGAAUCAAGCUACAUACACAUGCCUCCUCCCACUCACUUUGCAUAUAUACGCACAGAAGAAUUACAGUAUAUCGGCCCGUUAUACGCGCCAACAUUUUUUUUUUUUUUUUGUAACGCGCGGGAACACGUUUUAUUGCCGAUAAUGUAAUGUUGCAGAGGUGUCUGUGGAGAACUCGUAGCUUUUACUACUCGACGUCUGCAGUGCAAGGAAUGUCCGCAUCGCCGUAAUAAUCUCUACACAAAAACGGCAUCACCCAUUACGAUUGGCCACUGAUGAACACUGCCUGCAUCGGGUAGAGCCAACCCACGCAUUACCUCAUAAAAACCCUCGCGAAGCAACCGGCAAUUUCCUCCUCCUGCUUCUCAAAACGAUUAUAUACACAGAGACGCAGAUCCCAUAAAAAUAUCGCAGUCGCGAAUAACAAAACGCUGCUGCAGAAAGAGACGACUGUGGACUUUCUAAAAGGAGAAUUUUUUAAUCCGCACAAACGCGACUCUCUGCAGUUCUGGCCAUAAAAACACUCGCCGCGGAAGAGUAGGAGGUAGAAUGUAGACUAACUGGGACGAGAGAGUCACUUCCACUGACCCCUGCGAGGAUAACUGUACAUAUACCGCCGCCGCGCGUAUCAAUUUUCUCUAGGUUGCAUCGCGCGCUUAUGGGAAAGAAGACAACCGCCCCGAGGAUGGAGCACCGAAACAGUGCUUGGGAAGAUGCUAUGCGUCAGCGAGGAUGAUUCGAAAAUUUAUCUCCAAGAGUAUAUUAUCCAAUCAACGGGUGAAAAAUCAUGCUUGCCUCACAUAAAACGAAGAGAAGUGCAGUCGAAGCGUUGCGCAUAAAAAAGUCAAUCCAUCAUAAAAAUCUGGCACCUCAGCUGCGCAAUUUGUCUCCCUCGCAAAAAACGUGAAAAAUGAAGAAGGAGAGGAAGAAGAUCAAGCACGAAACCCGAUCUGCGCGACUCGCGGAGUUCACGAUGCAGUUAUAUCCCAGAGAAGAGGGUUCAGUCCGCCGCGGGAGAAAAACCGCGAACAAGAGCUCACUCGCGCUCGCGGGAGAGUAGAAGGAGUAGUAUCGGUGAGGCGAAGGUGGGCCACGUGCGCCGGAUAAACAGUCGAGCGGCGAGUCUCGCGCGAUCAGGACCUACCGUUCUCUUUCUCCUCUGUAUAGCUCGCGUAUAGUACUCUACCUUCUCAUGUAAUUUUUUAUCAAAAUUAACAUUCGAACGAAUCGUUUGUGUUUCAGUGAUGUGCGAUGACGAUCGACCACAAGUGAAGAAACGCGAGUGAUGUUUACGUGUGCACUGCAGUAGGACAUUUUGAAAGAGGGUAAUUCGCGUUGUACCUAAUGCGCAUGGGCUAUGGAAAAAAAGUUGGGCAACGCGAGCAGCUGAUGAACCAACGACUCGACAACGCUUCAAGAGUCUUGAAAUUUUGAAACAAAGUCAAAAGAGGACAUACACUUACGGAAGACGUACAGCAUUUUCUCCGCUCAUCUCUCGGAAAAAUUCGUGCGGAUUGUGUAAUGAGAAAGUGGGUUAAUGAAUGAAUGAGCCGUGCGCUCGCAUUGUCACGCUAUCCCCUCGGAAAAGUCGCGUGGGAAAGACCCGCGAAAUGGAAAAUACCAUCCCGGCUAUCGCUUUUUUUCGCUCUGACUUUCUUAUUUAAAUUUUGCCUUGUUGUCUAUACUCAACGCUGUCGUUAUUAUUAUAUGGAAAAUCGCAAGUUCGUGCGAUCUGUACUACCUAUGUGCAUACAAUGCGCUGAUAGGCAUCGGAUGAAAUCGGUUGGGAGAGAGAGAGAGAUGUUAUUCUUCUAAUUAAUUAUGCCUCGGAGGAAAGUGAAAAGUCGUGUAGUGCUGCUGCGUCAUCGGCCGAUUCAGUUUAUCGCUGGUGUUCGAGGCGAUGAAGAAGUUUUUCAUGUGCCGUCGUCGUUGUUGUGACCGCUGUUGAAGAGGAUCAGCUGCUGCUUCAAUGGAGAUAAUGAGAGAAAAGAUAUGAAGACUCCAGCAAGGUAGCGACCACAGCCACUCAACCCUCGACAGUAUAACAAACAAAAAUCAUGGGCAACAGCCGAUCUCAGCAUUCCCAGCAACCUGCGGGCAGGUCGCUGUGUCUGCUCUACCUUAUCCGCCGAUCCUGGAAGAUCGUGUCGCUGACCGCCGCAGCAGCGGCAUCGGCGCGAAGCCGCCGAGCGAAAGGCGCUGCCGACGAUACCGACGACUGCGCUACCGAUCUCUCCACGGCCUCGCGAUGCAGCGGCUGCAAAGGCUGCGGUUACCAUCAGGAGCUCAACUUCGACAGCGAAUCGGACAUGGCGCCAAACGCUGAGGAAGAUCUUCUGGUCUCGAUGCCGCGAGGCGGAGCUCCGCAUUCGGCCAAGGAACGAUUGAGGCCACCGACGUACAACCCGGAAGACUACGCGAUAGCGCUUCGCCGCUGGGGCAGACGUGCCUUGGGCGGCCAACCGGACAAUGGCCAGAACACUUUGCCCUCGACGUGUACCAGCUCCAGCUCUGGCUACGCAUCGGCGACGGGUAAUGGAGGAGGCGGCGGCGGUGGCGAGAUGACCCUCAGACAGUUCACCUCCGUCAGCGAGCUGCUCAACAAACUGAAAGCCGAUCUCAGGCUUGCGUUUCCUAGUUUCGUGCAGGAGUUCUGCUCGCCGCCAGCCGAGGGAAUCUCCCUACUCCUGGAAACGCUUCGCGGAGUACAGUUAUCCCAAUCGGCGCCACCCUCGGCAACGGGUCCACAAACGCGCAGACCACGAGCCCGACGGGCUGCCCUCGACGAGCUCGGUUGCGUCGAGUGUCUAGCCGUCUGUACCGAGCGAUGUCCCGACGCUCCGAGAAUCUUGGCUCAGGCUCAUCCUGGUCUGCUAGCCUUGGCAGUCUGUCUCACCAGUAGCCUCAACCGGUCGAGAGUUCUCGCGCUUCAGCUAUUAACGAGGGUCUGCCAAACAACAGGAGGCCACGGCGCAGUUUCGGAAGCCGUCUCGACCCUCCGUCUCCGUUACGCCGAAGGUGGCCGUUUCCGCUUCCUGGCCGGUGCUCUCCUGGCCACCAAAGCAGCCCUGCCGCUUCGAGUGGCCGGCCUCUCUUUCCUCAACACUUUCCUCUCGACAGCUCCGCGAUCCCAGACGCGGCUCUACAUCCAGGCCGAAGCCUGCGAGGCAGGUCUCGAGCCCAGAGUCAUCCAGGACUGGCUCAAGUACGCCGACGAGGAGGACGAGGAACAGGAGCCUCUGCGAGCGUUGCUGCGAGAGGAAGUGCGCAAGUGGUCGAGACACUGCGUCGACGUCGACGCGCUGCAGGGAAGGGCCAGGAGAGCCGAGGAGACGUGCAGAUUGCUCAGUAAGAAGGUGUCGGCGCUGCAGAGACAACUACAGCAGAUGCAGCUCGAGAGGAGGAACGAGUAUAACGGAAGGGGCCAGAGGGAGGAGAAGAGCGCUGGUGGUGGAGAUGGACGCGUGGCGGAGAAAAAGCUAUCUUCGAGCGCCGAGGACGAAGGCAUAAGCUUCUCCGAGCGCUCGAGUAGUCCGGAGGAUCCGCAACCGGCCGUCGGUUCACGGCGACAGCCGAACAACAACAAUACCACCAACCUCACCGACGUGGACCAAGAAACAACGAUCGACGACGUGAUCGAAGAACUGCGCACCAUCGUCAAAGACGCGGAAGACGAGCUUCACGAUUGGAACCAGCUUCAGUCGUCCAGUCCCAAACCACCGGCUCUACCCCCAAAAACCAUCGGCGCUAAAUCCAUGUCGCAACCGAGCAAAGCAAGGGAGUGUCUACGCAGCACCGAAGAAGUAGCUCGGCAAGACAGAGGCAGUCUCAAAAUCCUCGUCCCCGCUGUUCAGAACGGUAAUAUCGAGACGGAAGAGGAGGACAACGAAAGCGCUAUCGUCCCGGCGAUCAUACACCCGCAGCCGCCUAGAAGGACACCGACAUUUUUGGCACAGCCGGUCCUUGGUCUAACUCAGCAGGAGAGACUCGUUGAGGUUUGCGUGGAUUCCGAGGAAGAGCUGCUGCUGAUGGAGGACGAUGCUGACUCGUUGCUCAGCGCGUCUAGGCUCAAGGCUCAAGCCGGGGCGUGCGUCAGGCGAGAGGAGUCUCUGCCGAGCUUCAGGAGACGACGCAGCCUGGGCAGCAGCUUAGCGGACUUCGAGACGACGGAGACGAUCCUGGAAUCUCGACGUAAGGACGCUGUUAUAAAAACCAGCAACACUGCACCUCAUCCACAACGAAACCAGAACAGCAACUCGCUCAACUCGAAGCAGUACAACUCCAAGUGCGCCAACACAGUCCAGCGUCGAACCGAGCGUCGCAAGUACCUGCGUCGUUGUCAGAGCCAGGAGCACAUGGACAACCAACAGCACCAGCAGGAGACCUCCACCUCGUCUCGUGGCGUCAUCGAGCAGAUCCGCAAAUUCGAGAGCAUGAACAGUUUCGACGAGCGACGUAGUCUACCAAACCUCGACUCUUCCAGACUUCGACGCUCCGAGUCGUUCCACCAGACCCGGCAACACAACGCCACGACUAACGACUCGAGGAACUACUACGGCAGCAAGGACUACUCGACUUCGUCCCGCGGCGGCAGUGACAGUGGCCUGACCUACAACGCACUGGCGUCGAGCAAGAGCCUCGACAAGAUCGACGAGGGCCUUGACUCGCUCGUCGACAUCGUCGUCAGCAGGAGACAGCUGUCCUGCGAGAGACAACGUCGACCGCCUCUCGACAUUAUCGACGACAGAAAGUACACGUCGUUCCUCGACACCAGGCGCGACAGAAACGACUACGGAGGCAGACAACAACAACAACCCAGCGACUCGAGAAUAUUCGCCGGAAGACCAGCCCACGACGUCCUGGCCUUCGGUAAGAACCGGUUCAACGCUGGCAAGUACUCGGGGAACAGCCAUCCGCCGCCACCGCAGCCGCAGUACGUUCAGAAGAGCUCGCACAGACACUCGACGACGAACGGAUCGGCGGCACCGCAUCAGCGAGGGAAGGUCACGGACAUGGUCUCCGGACUAUACUGAUCGCUUUGCAAUUUAGCUUUUAUACAAAGAUUUUACGAUAAUCUACCGACGGGUAAAUUAUGCGGUAAAACGUAAGCAGGGACUGUGGAGUGCAAUAUCGUUCGACGUGUUACAGGCAUUAUUCGGCUACAUAUAAGACGACGGCUCGAAUCGGUUAUAAGCAAGAUUCAGGUGAAGGAUAUCUCGACGGGUUUUAUAACCGAAGUACAUAUUGCGUUCUUACAGAUCACUUGUAGUUCUUUUAGUAAUUGCAUUAGUAUAAGAUUAUUAUCGUGUUGAUAUAUCGAAAUUUUGUUUUAUCGUGUACGUAUAACGUUCGUACUUCAUUGUUUUAAAAAACUGUUAAUUCCAUUAUAUUAUUAUAAAAGAUAAUAUGUCGUGUAAACUUAUUUUAUGGAUUAGCGAUGCGUAUAAAAUGUAAAAAAGUAUUUUGUAAUUAAACAAACGAAUAAAUAAAUAAUUUGUAAUUGAUGAUAGCGCUUAUUUCGUCAGUUGGUUAUGAGGUUUAUAAAUAAAUUCACACUUCAACUGCUUUUUACACUAUUUUUGUUUAUAUUUAAAUUUUAUAGUACUUUGUAAACAAAUUUUUGCGAUUCAAAGUAAUAAUGAUUGCAUACAAACAUGUAUAAAUUUGUUAAUUCUAAUAAACUUAUUAAUAGACUCAUUAAGAUUCUUAACAGUAUCAAAAGGUAUUUUUUAUAUUAAAAUUAAGUAUCAAUUUGAUACCUGCCUAUGAUUUGUAAAAUAAUUCAUGUUGCACAAUAAACACGAUUAAAUCAAUAAAUAACAAUAUUACAAAGGUCAAUAGUGUCGAAGUAAACAAAGAAAUGGGUGUAUAUAUUUUUCACUGGUUUAUGCUAAAAUACUGAUUAUUAAAAAUAUCAGCAAUCGUUAAAUUAAUCGAAUCUCUAACUAGCAACUGUUCGUAGAUUAAUUAAGUAAAUGAUUAUUUGAACUACGAGUCAACAAUUGGCGACAUUAAACUAUAUACUUAUCGACUAAGUACUGCGUGUGUAACUGAAAGUUCGAUAAUUAGAAAUCGAGAAAUGUUCGUAAUCACUGAUAUUUUUUAAAAUUCGUUAUUGAAAGGUGUAAA